AUGCAGCUCCUCGUCGUUUCAGUGUUUCUUGUCAGUCUCGUCGUCGGACAGCAGCUUCAGCUGAAUCUGAACACGAUUCUGAAUGGCAUCGAUAUGCACGCCGACAACAUGACCUUGUCUUUCAAGAAUCUCGACGUUCAUAACGGAUCCAUCAGUUUCGACGAGCUGCUAGUCAAUGGGGUCCGCCCGCUGUUAACAGGGAAUUCAGGCUAGGAUUUUCGAUGAUAUUAUAUAUUUUUUCAUUAAUUUGCCGUUAUACUCGAAACAGCGCAAGCUAGAAUCUUUCUCAAUAAAUUUUUAUCGCAAGAGGAUUUUUUCAAGAAAAAAAAACUUUUUGACUUGUUUUAUCCGACUCGACUUCUUGGUCGCAAGUCCAAGGCUCGAAGCUUCUUGGAUGUUUCUCUGUGAUAUCAAGCGUAAGUAGUUUUGAGUCGGUUGCAACUUCGAGAGAGCAGCACUUACCUGUUGAUUUACUCUACCUACCACUUCGACUCGAAAUUAAAGGCAAAAUAAUUAAUAGAACUGCACGAAAUUAUGACUGAAAGUAAAAUUACUUUCACUAAAAAAACUUCUUUUGAGAAAUUCGAGAAAACUAAAUGGGUUUUGCUCUCAAGUUUUUUCCAGAAGGUCUUCAAAAAAUGGAACUGUCUCGUUUCCAGAAGCGACGCCGGCCAGUCUGCCUCGAAAUUUGACAGACUUGCCAAUUUUCGAGUCGACGACGACCUCCAUGAUGCCAUCCGUUGGAAACAACAAAUACAUGUACCAGGGCCUCGUCAACUCCAUCGACCCUUCAGUGAACCCUUGCGACGACUUCUACGCCCACGUCUGCAACGGCUGGAUGGCGACUCAUCCGUUGGAAGAAGGCGACCCGGCCGUCAGCCAGUUCGCUCUCGUUUCUGGGAAUGUCGUCGUUGAUAAGUAUUGUGAGUGACUCAUAAAAAUGGAUCUAUCUAUACUGGGUUUUUCUAGAAGUAGUAUUGAUGUGUACGGUAGGAAAGACGACCACCUUGUUAAAAAUUAAUCAAAUCUUCUCUUUCAUUCACAAAACUGUCGUUGAUCAAGAACGGCGAGUAGUUCAUAUCACCUGACAGUAGUAGCCGAAUGUUGAGCGUCCAUCAACAUUUUUACUAGAAUUUUCAGCGCUUCUGGCCUCGGAAGACCCACCAACAACACGCGAGCAAGGCCUGGCGAAGACUUUCUACAAUAUUUGCGUCGAACAUUUCCUGGAUCCCGACAAUACCACCUUUUUAUCGGUCGUUUCAGGCCUAGCGUUAGUAUUUCACGAUUUCACGAAUCAAACAAAUUUUCUAAGAGCCACGAGGAAGUUGCCAUGGAACCCACUGACAAAUUGGAUGAUCAACUUUUCGCCGCAAAGUUUUAUUUACGAAGUUGUUAUUGCCGCUGAUGAGAGAGACGCGACGAAAAAUGUAUUGCAGGUGAGUCAGAAAGAGAAAGAAAAAUGACCUUUAUCUUACAUGACAUUUUCACGAUGACCUCGUGGUCUAGAAACCAUUUUCGGCCUUUUCAAUGUCCUAAAAAGUAUAUCAGUUGCGUGAAGUCCACUGGUUCUCAAUCCCCGCCAAAAGACAAAAAAGAAGGCAACUUUGGCGCGCCGAAUUUGUUUGGAUAGGUCGAACAUGUGGGAUGGAAGAAAAGCGGCAGAAAGUUGGCGCCGAAAAGGACUCGGAUCUGUUUAGCCGAAUGGACGGUCAAGGGAAGAAGAAUACCGGGCACAGAUGUCUUUCCGAAUUGUUUAUACCAAAAAUGUUUUGGAUGCGCUUUUUCUGCUCCUUUGUUGUCUGCGAGUUGAUCUAGAAGCGUUGAGAUACUCGGAGCUGAUCAAAAAACUUGCUGCGGCUUUUGAAGGAGCAGAGGCAUAAUUUAUGAAAGUCUCGAAGCCAAAGACGAGCCAUAUUUAAUUGUUACCUUAGGUCGUUUACAUUUCCUGCUUCUUUGGAUAACCUAUACUAGAGCUGUAUUGAAUGGACUAUAUUUUUACAACUUCAAAGUUCCCAUAUUGCCAGGUUCGCUAGAUUGAAAAAGUGAUAAUUUGAGGAGCUUUCAUCAAUUUAAAACCUUUCUUCGCAGUCAAAAAUAAGAUUUUGAGUCAGUAAAAGUUCAACUAAAAGAAGCUUUUUAUUGUACAGACCCCUACAUUUUUUUUGAACUUUAUUACAAACCGACUGGCUCUCCUUGGCACCUGUUUUGGUAGAAGCAGAAGUGGCCAUCUGCAAGCUGAGCUUUUUUUUGCUGUUUGUGCAACUUUACGGUUUGAGAAAAUAGCACGCGGUUUACAGAUGCGUGAAAGGUGCGUGAGAAAAAUCAGAGGCGCUCUUGACUUUUUCAUCCAUUCGUGUUGAUUCAUAUUAAAGAGGAUGGAGGGCUCUUAAUGGUUUUGAAAGUUUACGCCUACACAGAUAAUAGGAGACAGAAGGUGGAAAUUGUUAAAGUACAAGAAAAUUAUGAAGGGCCGAUAAUGUUUUUGGAAGCUGUUUUUCUGCUCCUUUGAUCUCCCUGACUUGAUUAAGAAGUGUUGGGCUAGUCUGAGUCCAUCCAAAAAAGUUUUAUGUGGCUUUUAAAGGAGCACAAAUGGAGUUAACGAAAGUCUCGAAGCGGAGAAAAUUGAAUCAUCUACAUAAAAGUGUUUUUUUAAAAAUAUAAUGUAAACUUCCGAAGAAUAAAAUAAAAAAAGAGGGGGGCGGAGAAUAGAUGCGGCUAAAAACAAGCUCAAAACAUUUUCCCGGCUUACUGUGGACUAUAUCCUCAUUCCAUCAUGUUUCAAAAUAACCCUUCUCUCCAGGUCUCCCCAAGAGCUUCUCUUCUCAGCUACGAAGCCUACACCGACAAUUCCUACGUCUACGAAUACACAGCGAUGAGAAAGUUCCUCUGUUCGAUGCUGGACAUUGCCGAGGUCGAAGACGAAGAUCGGGAAGUUUUCAAGGGGAACGCCAUGGACUAUGUCAACAGGGUCAACGCGUUUUUCCGAGUUGACAGGGGUAUCGCCGAGGUUGGUGAAGUAGUAAAAAAAUCGUAAAAAUUUUUUUUAAAAUUGAGAACAACUUGACUUUCCUCAAUUUAUUUUGAUGAAAGACUGCUGGUGAUGAGGAUCUUUUUAACGAUUUAUUGAAUUUUUUUUUUUGAUCAAAAGUUUCUUGAUGCAUUCGUGCGUAAGUUGUUUUAGGUCGGCUGCUGUUUUGAAAAUCUUUGAUGCUGCCACUUAGAGCCAUUCCAUGUGCGGCCAGUAUCUUUCAAGUUAGAAAAAAUUAACUAUAAUCUUCGAAACUGGGGAUUUUGUCACUUGUAAAAAAAGCAAUAUACAAGACGAGAUGGUAGGAAAAAUGGCGCCGAGGAGAAUCGACCUUUGGUCAUAAAAAUUUCAAAAACAACUUCUAUUCACUGCGCCAUGGUGCGUUUUUUGUUCUCAACGUCUUUAGGUUUACGCUGGUCGUCAUAACUUCAUAAAAAAUUUUCAGGCUCUUCACCCGUCAGCCUAUAACAAAUCCACUAGUCACAUUCCAUUCUACCAACUCAAUCAGCAGUUUUCAAAAAGUAAACUUCAGUAAAUCUUCAUUUUUUUACAUCAUCUGCCGCGACUGAAAACAGUUUGACAUUUCGCUGGGGGCUAAAAAAAUAUAUAAGAAUGAAAAAAAGAGAGCGCAGGCAAGUCAUACUGUGGUCAGUUCGUGACUGAUGAAGCCUACAUGAAUUGUCUUAAUAAUUAUUUAUUGCUCAGGUUGACUGGGUAGCCUAUGCCCAGAGGACUUUCCCGCAAAGCACCUGGCAAGAACUGGGCGACGGCGAAGUGCAAAUUUUGGAUUCACAAGGAAUGGCCAAUUUGGAGACGUUUCUGAUGACUUUGGACGAUGAAACUCUGGAAAUGUACCUCGAUUUCUACGUCAUUUUCGCCUAUGGAGACUACUUGGAUAGCCGAUUCCAGAACGCUUCUCAGGUUCUUUUUUUGAAGAUUUAGAGGAAAAUGACCAACGAAUAAAUGGGUUAUUUUUCAAGUUUCUUAUUGCGAUUCGACAACGUUUUUCGAUUGGUCGUCAUUUAUGGAGAAACGGCCCGAAAUUCUGAUUAAAAAAAACUGGAUUUUCGCAGAAAAUUGACGUAGACUUGGAAGAUGUCUUAUCACCUUCAUGUGUCAUUUUUUUCUUUUUUUCAUUUUUUUUUAGAAGUUUUAAAGUGCUAUAUAACUCGAUGGAUCCAUAAAAUAUAAAAUUGUGCCUAAGGGAAAAUUUAUAAGCUCAAAAUAUUGAUUAUAUAUAUUUUUUUACUUUUUGUUCGCUUUUUUCAGGUCUAGAAUGUGUUAAGAUUCUUCUUGAAACUUUUUUUCAAAAAUUCUGAAAUUUUUUAUCUCGUUUUCACGGAAAAUCGUGGAUUUUUUUCCUAGAAUAUUAAGCGUCUUUGUAGCAAUACGAAAUCGAAACGACUGGCGGCACAACGACCGAUAUUGGGGUAAAAUGCGUUUCGGCCGCUUCCGACGCCUUUGGUGACGUUCUCGAUCAGAUGUACAUCGAGAAAAACUUUCCAAACACUACAAGUCUCGAAGAUUGAAGAAUUCACAAUUGUAAAAGAAAGCUCUAGGACCCCAAAUAAGGGAUAUGAUCGAGAAUAUUCGAGAAUCGUUCCGCCAGUCGAUUAAUGAAAGCAAGUGGAUGGACGAGCAAACCAAGCAGAAGGCCUUGACCAAGGUUUUUCACUUUAUAUUCAGAAAUACUUCAAAAAAAUUAUUAUAAAAAGUGAGACUAUAGUGAAACUGUCAAAUCAAUUUUUAGGCAGAAGCUUGAAAAAAAAAAAUUGUCGCUUAAGUUUGAAGUUUAUAAACAGUUUCAACUCUUUUUCUUGAACUCAAUUUCAAAAGUUAGCCGUGGAGCGCAGAUAUCACAGUCCUCCGUGGCUUUUUUUAUGCACUUUUUUCACGUUUUUUGAGCUUCUCGUUGUUGAUCAUGAACACAAAAAGUCAACUUUAAGUCGUAAACAUGAUAAAAACGGAGAAGGAAAAAACGAAUUGUUCAAUGCUCUAAUACUAUUAUGUGGUUCUCGUGGACUUUUUCGUUUGGUAAACAAUUUUUUUCGAUAGUUUUUUUCUGCGAACAUUUCGAAGAAAUCUGUAUUGAGUCAUAUCGCUGGGAAAAAUGUUAGAAUGAGAAAAAAAACUUGUAUCAAUAAUAUUUUUUUAUUUUUAAAAAAAUUAUUGCAGCUCUCUGAAAUCACUCCGUACAUUGGCUACAACGACAAAAUUUUCGAUCAGACGUCAAUGACGGAAAAAUAUAAAAAAGUAGAGUUUCGACAUUUUUCACUUAUAAAAAUGGAGCAGUAUUCCAGCUGAAUUUCACGAAAUCCGACUCGUAUCUCUCCGCUUCUAUGGGCCUUCUGAAGCUUCGGAACAAUCAGAAUAUCGCUCUGUUUGGUGUGAAAAAUAACAGAUCGUUGGAUUUCGCUGGAGCGGAUGUCAACGCUUAUUAUGAGCCGACGACUAAUUCCAUUGGUUCGUGGGGGUUUUUCAAAAAAAAAUUCUAACUUUGAUUCUAACUUCAAAGCAGCGACCUUUAGCGGUCUUCUUUUUAUGCCAAAGGACACCGCCACGCGCAAAUAUUUCUUUGUCGGUCGGGCGCAGUGGAAAUACUUUUCAAAUUUCUCUUGUGCAAAAAACAGUUAACAUAAUAUUAAAAAUUAAGCGAUUCUUGCUGGCAUUCUACAACCGCCGUUUUUUUGAUCCGGAACUGCCCCCGUGAGAUUUUUCGAGAAAUAACUCCGAAAAAUUGUUCAGAAUAAUAAACACUGGAGCGAUUGGAGCGAUCAUUGGACAUGAAUUGACUCAUGGAUUCGAUAGUUCUGGUGAAACUUUUCAAAGUUUUUUAAAAAUCGUUCCGCUUAAUUUAACCGAUCUAGAUUAUUUUCAAACUCGAUAAAACGGUUGUUCUCAAAGCUCACCCGACCAAAAACGACUUGCGCUAUGUGACAUAAAGCAAUGUAGCAUUUUGUUUUCGAAUGCUUGGCCAAGAGUCCGAAAAAAUGAAGCAUGAGCUAAAACGGUCGCAUUUGGAGUGCUGUAAUGCGUUGCUGUCUGAAUCAAAAACAUUAUACCCUCUUAAACGCCAGUUUACUUUGAAGCUAUGCGCGAAAACCGUUUUGUGGUCGGGAGCACAUUUGUAGGGACCACGCUCCUUCAAACCAUUCGAUCUUUGACGAUUCGACUAAUUCAAAUUUGAAGGUGCCACCUACGACGGUGAGGGCAAUCGUGUGAAUUGGUGGGAUUCCCAAACUUUGGCUCAAUUUGAAAAUAAAACGACUUGUUUCAAAGAUCAAUAUGGCAAUGUUACCGUGACGGGAACCAAUUCUACGGUAGAGCUCUAUUCCCCAAAAAUUUAGGGCUUUUUGACAGAUCAACGGCAGACUAACGGUCGAUGAGAACAUAGCCGACAACGGUGGACUUCAUAUAACGAUAAAUGUGAGAAGGAACAGAGACAGCGGAAAAUGAACAGAGUUUAGGCGGCCAAGAAAUUGUCCAGCCAGAGGAAUGACGUCAUCUCGGGAUUGGAAUCACUUUCUCAGAUGCAAAUGUUUUUCCUUUCUUAUGGAUAUGUGAGUUUUGAUCGGAAUGAACCUUCUGCUUAUUUUAAACGAGGUGGAAUUUUACUUGGGAAAAUAUAAAAGCUUAAAAGGUUGAAUAAAAAAGUUUAAUUUUACACUACGAAAUAUUUUUCACAAUUUUCAAACUGAAUAUUAUCUUUUUAACCAAUAAAAAACAAAUUUGAUCUUUUCAGGUUUGGUGCAACGCGGCACGACCCCAGCAAAUUAUGACGGACUUACAAAGCGACGUUCAUUCGCCUGGAAAAUACCGUGUCAACGUCGUUUUAUCGAAUCAGCCCGAGUUCGCCAGCGCUUUCAAUUGUGCCCCUGGAACACCCAUGAACCCUGUCAAUACUUGUUCUGUUUGGUAAAUUUUUCUCAAAAAAUCAACUAAAAUACAUUCAAAAGACGCAAAAAAAGAAAAUAAAAAGUGGCAAAAAAGUUUCGACCACGGCAGGACUCGAACCUACAAUCCCCAGAUCCGAAGUCUGGUGCCUUAUCCAUUAGGCCACGCGGCCCACGGAGUGCGCUCUACGCCUGCGCGAGCAAGACGCUGUGCUUCCCUUCUCUACGUCGGGAAGGUGGUCACGUUUAAAUGGGUCGUUGUAGUCUAGAUGAUUGAAAAUAAUGGUUCAAACAUUGAUUGAGUGUUUAACAAAAGAACCGAUCGUGUAUCGCAAUGAAAAGUUUCGUUUUUCAGCCCCUAAAAGUUACUCCGAAAAAGUAAACUUUGUUAAUUUUUUGGAAAAGUGUCAUUUCUAUUUCAGUGAAAACGUCAUCGAUGAUAAGUUGAUCAAAGAAUCCUUCGAGAGUACAAGCAAUUAGUAAUUUCGGCAGUUUACUCAAAAGUAUUUAUAAUUUGUUCAUUUUUCCAGUCUGCUGUGAUUGAAAAAAAUAUAUAUUUUUUUCGAAAAAAAGUUCAUUUUCGAUUCAAAAAGUCGCGAAAAAAAUAAAUCAAAAAGGUCAUUUCCUCGUGAUUGCCUGACUCAACGCAACACCGAAUAUCGCAGCGGCAAAAAAAAGAAGUCGUUUCUCCCAUCUUUAUUCUCGCCGCGUCUAUUCAAACCGUGUCGGCAUGAAGAAAAAAAGCCUGGAUAUGAGUAACCUUUUUAUGGGCUCCGAUGGAGAACACAUUAUCCGAGGUUUUCGUGAGAACUUUUUUUUGAAAAUAGGAUGACAGGACGGUCGGUUUGGAGGAUAGUAACCGCUAAAGGAAAACGGUUCAAAAAAGGCCGCAGAAAGGCAGCGAAAAGAGUUUCUUUAUGGAGCCUUUCAUUUUUUUCUGGGAUUUUGAAGGUUCGAGAAAUGGUGGAGAAAGAGAGAGGCAGAAAAGUUGGUGCAAAAGAGCCGAUGAAGUGGCAAAAAAGGCAAAAAAAAGGAACAUUUCUAUGAACCCUUUUCAAUCCUUUCCGACUGUGAAACGGGUAGAAAACCGCUUUUAUUUUGAUUUUGGGUCAGUGAAAGGGGUCCAGUAGCAGUGUGGCUCUUGAAUGAAGCCAGGUUUUCUAGGUGUGGUUUUUUCAACUAUGAUCUCCAAAAAUGAUUUUUAUGCACCCCUUGAAAGUCGGAACCUUUAUUCAAAAGUCUUCAAUAGACUUAAUUCUUAUAGUUUCACAAUUUCCACCUCUCUCUUGCUUCUAUAUUCUGUGUAGGCGUCAACUUUCAAAACCAUUAAAAGCCCUUCAUCCUCUUUAAUAUGAAUCAACACGAAUGGAUGAAAAAGUCAAGAGUGCCUCUGAUUUUUCUCACGCACCUUUCACACAUCUGUAAACCGCGUGCUAUUUUCUCAAACCGUAAAGUUGCACAAACAGCAAAAAAAAGCUCAGCCUGCAGAUGGCCACUUCUGCUUCUACCAAAACAGGUGCCAAGGAGAGCCAGUCGGUUUGUAAUAAAGUUCAAAAAAAAUGUAGGGGUCUGUACAAUAAAAAGCUUUUUUUAGUUUAACUUUUACUGACUCAAAAUCUUUAUCUUGAUUGCGACGAAAGGUUUUAUUAUGAUGAAAAGCUUCUCAAAUGACCACUUUUUUGAACUAGUGAACCAGGCAAUAUGGAAAUUUUUAAAUUGAGCAAUUAUAGUCCAUUAUUUAUUUAUUUGUUUCAUUCAAACACGAAAAUACAGAGUAUUUAAAAAGGAAGAAUUUGAGUGAAGGGGAACCCGAUAUAAAAAAACGCCCUAACAAGGGAUUUACCGGGAUGGGAGCCAUUCAAUACCGCUCUAGUAUAGGUUAACCAAAGAAGUAGUAUUUAUAUGACCUAAGGUGACAAUUUUUAGCGUGGUUUUACGCUUCGAGACCUUCGUAAAUUAUGCAUCUACUUCUUCAAAACCCGCAGAAAGCUUUUUUGAUCAGCUAAGAGUAUCUCAACGGUUCUAAAUCAACUCGCAGACAACAAAGGAGCAGAAAAAGCGCAUCGAAAACAUUUUCGGUAUAAACAAUUCGGAAAGACAUCUGUGCCCGGUAUUCUUCUUCCCUUGACCGUCCGUUCGGCUAAACAUAUCCGAGUCCUUUUCGGCGCCAACUUUCUGCCGCUUUUCUUCCGUCCCACAUGUUCGACCUAUCCAAACAAAUUCGGCGCGCCAAAGUUGCCUUCUUUUUUGUCUUUUGGCGCGAUUCUGAUUCAAGGGAUUUUCAAGCAACCACCUGUUGCUAACAAAAGUCUUCGCUGGGUUGCUUAAAAAGUCGCCUUUCGUUCAAAAUAAAAUAAAAGAAAGCAUUCGGUCUUAAGAUUCUGGUGAGUGUUCACCACGUUCUUUAAAAUGAAUGUCCAACUACCGUGAUUUCAAGAGAAAUUUUUCGAUUUUUUUCGAACGAUAAAAGUAUCUGUUUCGUCAGGAAUUUUUUUCAAAGUUUGAUCAAAUAUACUCUCUUGAAUGAAUUAAAUUCAAAUAUCACGAAGCUUUAACAGUGACGGUGAACUUGACGUCCUACAAAAGCAUUUUCAAUAAAGCUUUGUGGAAAACUGGAGUCCUUAAAAACUUUUUGAACUACUAAAUGAAUUUCAUUCACUGAAUAAGAGCACGUUGAAGAUGAAAAUCGUUUCUUAGAAAGUUGACUUACGUCAAAGAUCAAUAUCCCAAUUAUUCUUUUCUCUCAGUCUCUUUUUUCCUUCACCCGAUUUCUUUAUACUUUAGGGGUAUUUAUAACUAUUCCUAAAGGGUAUUAAAAAUUCCUUUAUUGAUUGUUCGCCAUCUCCUCCCUUCCUUUUUUUCUCAGACACAAUUCCCCAAAUCGAUAUGAUACGAAGGCUUUCCAUUCUAUACCAGUCCUCCUCAUUUUCGUUUCGAAACUAAGAGCCAAGAAGCCCCACCCCUUUUCUGCUCUUCUGCACCCUCCCAGAUCUCUGCACUCCCUCGUCUCCUCGGACUGUGCAGACGCCGUGGGCGGCUCGGCCGGUCGCCUAAGUUUUGUCAUUUCUGUUUUGGCUCCCGCUCCGGUCGGUCGUCUCCUCUUGUUUCCUUGCGAUUUCCUUUUUUCUUCUGGAGAACUUUCUCGAAAAUUGCUUGCUGCUUGGCUUUAGUGAUAAUAUAGCUGCUGUUUUAUGUGUAGAGAUAGCUAUAAUUCUUUUGAAUUUUUCCAGAAGUUUAUAUUAACAUCAGUUGAAGAAAGUUUUUUUCCUCUCUAGAAAAAGUUUCAGCAAAAAUCUCGGCGAAAAAGGAAUUUUCGGAACGUAUCCGUUUUUUAUAUACCACGGCAUUCAUAAUGGGGUGAGGGAAGGUGAGCAAGGCGUCAAAGUUUCUGGAUUUACCGAAAAAAAAGUAAUUGCGUGCUUCGGAGAAAAGGACUGUGACGUCACAGCUACCUAUCGUUGUAAAUUAAGCUGAGUAUUCAACGGUAUGAAGAAUACAUUUGGCUGCGUACUUGAGAUUACAAAUUUCACGCCAAAAUUUUUUUGACGUCUCCCCACCCCGUUUGGGAACGCGGUGUAUAUGGCAAAAAGCCAAAUAAGUCAUCUUUCAUAAGCCAUCAGACGACUUUAAAAUUUUGGUGAACGAUUUUCGAUACACUCACUUUGAUUCACGAAAGGACAUCACUCAAGAAGUCACUUCAAAAUAGACAUCAUUCGAGAAGUUUCACAUCAAUAUCUCUCCAAUUAGGACCAAAAAGCGCGAAUUUUUAAUCAAAAGCAAAAAAUUGAGACGCACAAAAACAAUUUUCGAAAGUCGCUCGACUUGUUUACCGCUCAAAUUCAAAUUCGCCCGCUUCUUCUCGUGCUCUCCUGACUUCUCUCACUCACUCUCUGACUCUAACAAUUGCUCGGACCCACCGUAGGCCUCUGUGUCCUUGGGCGACUAUUGGUUCACAUUUCCAAAAAAUGAAGUUUCCCGAAGCCUUCAAAAAGCCUCUUUACACUGACUUUCUUAGCAGUGCGGGGGGGGUGGUCAUUUUCUAAGAAUUGACCAGAGUAUUUCUUGAUAUGCCGAAUGAAAAUGCUGAAACUUUUAACCUUCACAGCCUCGUAGUUUACGCGAAACGAGAGCUCAAAGUUUUAAACAGCCCUUCUGGAACAAAACUUGUAGGUUUCGACGUACCUUUUCUCAAAAUAGGAAGGUGUGAAGGCUAAAACUUGCCGGCCUUUUAACUGGUACUUCAGAGAUUAUUCUGGUCAUUUUUUCGAGACGCACAGCAAACAACCUUCCUUCUCAACGAACCACUGUAAUUUCAGAGACUAUCUCCAAAAAAUGCGUCUAAAACUUGGGAUCAUUCUGCUCACGAUGAGCUCUCUUGUGAUGGUGAAUCGAUAAAAAUGAAUAUCAAGCCUAAUUAUUAAAUAUUUCAGUCGGACAACAAACAGCUUAAAAGGAUCAGGUUUGACUUCAAAAGCGCCGAAGGAGUGAUGCUCGUCGCGGAUUUUGCCCAAGACGGUCAGUUUUUGUUCUGAAAAAAAGUAUGAGCCAUCUUUCGGAUUUCAAAUCACUAGAUAGACUUUGGAAGAUUUCGUUUUUUUCAGGUAAGAAGCAGAUGACGCGUAUUGGGUAUUCGAUGCGUAGCUACAGCACUGGUUGGGUCGAAUUCCGCGUCAGCGUUGAUGCCAAGGUACCAAUCAUGAUUUUUAUAAAAAGUAUAUACUUUCAACUGUCUCUUUGUCUGCCCUUUCUCUCAUUGGAGGGGUGUAAAUCAGGAAGAGAGUGAGAGAGUAAGAGAGCGCAGACAGCUAUGCGGUUCCAAGAAGCGAUGUAUAAAAAAGUUCUAGUUGAAUAAAAUCAAUUGCAUGCUGCUUUCCAAUACGUGAAACUGUCUGACCACCUGUUCUCUCCUCUUCUCUCCGGAAUCAUGACAUAGGUAAAUAGCACGUGGUUUAAAGAGAUCACAGACAGUUAGACAUUUGUGAGUAAGGGGAAGAAGUUCGAAAGGAUCGAAAUUCUCAGAAGGAAACCUACUUUUAAGAAAAAACUCUACUCUUUUUCCGUUUCGAUCCAUUCUUCAAUUACUUUCCUUCCCAGAAAGCGAACUUGACUCUCGAAGUUUGCGAACCGGGCACCAUGAGCCGAAAAGCCAUCGAAACGUUCCAACUGACCGAUUUCCGUCCUGAAACCCAAAUCGCCCUGGGCGACGACAACGGACCCGUCUUCGUCACUUACUCGAUCGGCUGUGUCGAUUAGUGAGUUGAAGCUUUUCAAAAAAAGUUUUUCAAGAAGUAACUUUCAGCAACAAGUUCGGAGACAAGUGCGAUAGGAAGUGCGAGGUGAAAGAAGAGUACCGACGUCUCUUCAAAUGCGACCUGAAAGGAAAUGUUCGCUGCAGAAAUGACCGGAUGGGCCAGGAUUGCAAACAGUGUUAGUAGUUUCUGAGAUUCCACUUCGAUUUAGCGGGAACUAUAGGUUGAAAUUGUGCAUACACCGGAUGGGGUUCUAGAACAAUACCUACAUUGAGAGCCUCUUGUACGGGAAAAUUUGAAAGGACAAAAAGAACCAGAAUCGCUCUUCGCUUCGAGACCUUCAUAAAUUGUGCAUCUACUUCUUCAAAACCCGCAGAAAGCUUUUUUGAUCAGCUAAGAGUAUCUCAAAGGUUCUAAAUCAACUCGCAGACAACAAAGGAGCAGAAAAAGCGCAUCGAAAACAUUUUCGGUAUAAACAAUUCGGAAAGACAUCUGUGCCCGGUAUUCUUCUUCCCUUGACCGUCCAUUCGGCUAAACAGAUCCGAGUCCUUUUCGGCGCCAACUUUCUGCCGCUUUUCUUCCGUCCCACAUGUUCGACCUAUCCAAACAAAUUCGGCGCGCCAAAGUUGCCUCCUUUCUUGUCUUUUGGCACGAUUCUGUCUCAAGGGAUUUUCAAGCAACCAUCUGUUGCUAACAAAAACCAUUGCUGGGCUGAAUGAAAGUCGUCUUUUUCGUUCAAAAUGAAAUAAAAGACUUCAUUCGGCCUCAAGAUUCUGGUGAGCGUUAACCAUGCUCUUGAUUUCGUUAAAGUUAAUAACAAAAGUCAAAAAGUGAGAGUUCUUACUUCGUGAAACGUCAACAUGUUUUGGCAACUUUAGUCGAAAUCCCAAAUUCGACAAUAAAUUGACCUCCUUCAACAGAAAAAUUAAAGUUUUCUCGAAAUUUCAGUGUGGGACCGUUGCGGCGCGACCGGUGUCGGUAUCAGCAACCGUAUCGUCCUGCCGGUUGAUGGGAGCAUCGAAACGGGCGCCGAAGACAGUUGCCGUCUGGGCCACGGUCCCUGUGAAAAAGUGACCUGCCUGUGCGACUAUGGUUAUUACGGAGAGCACUGCGAGUUCAAAUGCAACGACAAAGUUUGCAAGGGCGGUGCGUAUUCAUUUCUUCUAUUAGGCUUACUUUGAGUUAUGCUUAUAUAUUUAUCAUUCAUGAUUUAAGACACUCUGUCUUGUCUGCGCUCUCUUUUCUUUCCAAAAUCGUAGGAAAUGCAGCAUGAAAGAGGGUACGUGAAUAAAAGAGAUUGCGGACAGCUAGACAGUUUUGCUUUAGAGCGGAGAAAUAAAAAAGGUGUCGUCAAGUUCUAACUGUCUGCGCUCUCUCUUUCUCUCAUCGAAGUUAUAGUCAAUGUUUCCCGACUUGAAAGGCGAAGGAGGCGGGGCAAGGGGCGGGACGCGUAGCGUGUGCGUUCGCGGUUCUUGGCACGAGUUCAAUUCAAUUGUCGCCGACUAUUUAAAAAGCUCGGUAACCGCUCUUUUUCAAUGUUUUCUACUAUUUUUUGAUGAACUCAUGAACAUAAUCAAUAAAUAAUUGAAAAAGGAAUGAAAAGAGCGAAAAACAGGAUUUCCAAAUAUUCGAUGGCGGUUAAAUUGAGCUCGUGCCAAGAACCGCGUACGCACACGCUACGCGUUCCGCCCCCUGCUCCGCCUCCCUCGCCUUUCAAGUCGGGAAACAUUGACUAUAAUAGAAAAAUUAAGCAUAAGAGAGUAAUUGAUAACGUGAGAAAACAGACAAGUCAGAUUUUCCAAAUGUGUGGCCAAUGAAGAAUAUCAAAAAUUCCUUUUCAAGGUCGACGCAUUGCUGAGAAGGAAGAAGCCGAAGAUUGUGACUGUCCUCCUGAAUGGACUCCUCCUCCUAAACACCUCGAAGACUCCAAGAAGCUCUCAGAGCCCAUCAUUGAGGUAAUUUUAUUGAACCUGGAAUAGUCGGCUCAAAACGUCUCGGUCAUUUCAAACUCAAAACUUUAUUUUUUGCGACGCUCGGCUUUUAGAUUUUGCUAGGAGCUAGAGAAAUCAGUAGGUAAAAUGGUUCCAGACAAUUUAGCAUUGCGCAAGUCACGAAUCGUCGGGCGCACUAAAAAUGACAAGUUUUCACCGGCAAAAUCUAGUACGUUUCUGUGAAAAGUAAAACACUUACAAAACCAAAAAAAAACACUGAAACUGGGUUUUUGCCUUGAAACCCUUUGUAAAUUUAGUCUAUGCUCCUUUAAGAACUUUUCUAUCGGGCUAUAAUAAAGUUUUAUCUUCGAGAGAAUUUAUUGUUCUUCAGAAAAUAUUUUCAGAUCCAAGCUUGGACGGAGGAACGUCAUUCGUGCUUCGAACACUUUGAAAAGUUCCUUGGGCGCAUCUGUUUCGCUGGUGAGAGUUGCUUAUUUCUCAGAAAAUCUAAUUCAGUGAAAAGUAAAGUUUGAGAUGAAAAUUUUUCAAAAGAAAGUGAUGUAAUUCUGAGCUUUUUUUCAGUCAUCAUCGUCUUGGCCUACUUCGCUGCCCUGUUCAGAUGCUCCGUCAGAAGAUUCGCCAACUUCUGGUGCAACGACGACGACGAGGGCGAUGAGGUGGCGUUUAACGCUUUCAAUGGUCGUUGUCAUCAUAUUUGAAUGACUCUUCUCCCACUUCUAAUUUGAAGGAAACAAAAUCCAAGCCUUUUUUCAACCCUUCCAACCUCAGAAUCUACAUCAUCCACAUCUUCAACAGCUAG